AUGCGUAUGUCAUCAUCCAUCCCUCACAGGGAGCAGCUGAAGGAGAGGUGGUUUAUUGGGAUGGAGGAAGAGGAUGAGCAUUAUUACAAUCGGAGUAAGACAGAGGAGAAUAGUCCUCUUCUUCGGAAGACGGUGGAUUCGAUGUAUCUGGGGCACAUGGAGAUUGACGAUGGGGGUGGGAGGAUGCUCAGUCCUAUGGUUGAUGAGUUUAGGAAGGUCUCGAAGCGGCAUUCGGUUUUGGUAAAGCUGUAUUGA